AAGUAGCAAGUUUGGCUGUUGUGUUUCAGUGACUAUCAUGGACUGGAAUUAUGUACUUUUAUUCGUGAAUGAUAAGGAACUCAUAUUUCUUCAGCACUGAGGUUUGUUGCAGCUUGUUGACCCCUACACGGGGUUGAGUUGGAGUCAUGAACACAGGCAGGCAGAUCCGUCUGCUGCUCUGGAAGAACUGGACGCUCCGCAAGAGACAAAAGAUUCGCUUCCUGGUUGAGAUUCUGUGGCCUGUGUUUUUAUUCAUUGGACUUGUGUGGCUACGAAGAGCCAAUCCUCUGUAUCGCCAACAUGAAUGUCAUUUUCCCAGCAAGGCUAUGCCCUCAACGGGAAUCCUGCCUUGGAUUCAAGGGAUUUUCUGCAAUGCUAAUAACCCAUGUUUUCGCCAUCAAACUCGAGGAGAGUCGCCUGGGGUCGUUUCCAACUACCACAACUCCAUACUGGCACGGUUUUACCAAGAUUCACAGGAGCUGCUGUUCAACGACACUGAGUUCCGUCAGCUCGGCCGUCUGUGGCAUGAAGCCACCGUCUUGAGCAACUUCAUGGAGACGCUACGCACCAAUCCUGCACUGGUGGCAGGUAAAGGACUGAAGGUAGAGCACAUUCUGAAGGACGACGAGGGUCUGACGUCAUUCCUGCUGCGGGACGCUGGGCUUUCAGAGGCUGUGGUGUAUGAUCUUACAAAUGCAAAAGUGCGGAUGGAGCAAUUUGCAUAUGGAGUCACAGAUCUGACUCUGAAAGAGAUCGCCUGCAGUCAUGCUCUUCUGGAGCGAUUCCUCAUCUUCCCCAGUCGCGGAGGGCUGUAUGGGGUCCACAAUGCCAUGUGUGCCCUUUCCCAGCAAAGGCUGCAGAAGAUCGAGGACGUGCUGUAUGCCAACAUAGACUUCUUCAAGCUCUUACGUCUGUUGCCCAUGGUGCUGGAUAGCCACACGACCGGGAUAGACCUGCAGUUCUGGGGUCGAGUGCUUUCAGCAUCGUCCGACAAGCUUCAGGAGCUUGCGGAGAGGCCCAGCUCCCAGGACUUGAUGCGGGUCAUGUACUCCAUCUUCCAGUCCGGGGGUCCCUCGUCCUUCAGUCAGCUGAUGUCCACUGUAUCGGAUCUCUUCUGCGGAUACCCAGAGGGUGAGAUCACCCGGGUCUUCUCCUUUAAUUGGUAUGAGGACAACAACUACAAGACUUUCCUAGGCAUCAACAGCUCCAGAGGACACGACAGCUACACCUAUGACAAGACAGCAACUCCAUUUUGUAAUGCACUGACGCAGAACCUAGAGUCGAACCCUGUUACGAAAAUCAUGUGGAAUUCAGUGAAGCCUCUGGUGAUGGGGAAGAUCCUCUACACCCCAGACUCCCCAGCUGUCAGAAAGAUAUUAAAAAGUGCCAACACUACUUUUGAGGAGCUAGAGAGGUUGCAGAAAAUGGGGAAGGUCUGGGAAGAGGUGGGACCGCAGCUCUGGGAAUUCUUUGAGAACAGCGUUCAAAUGAACAUGAUACGGGACACACUUAGAAACCCCACAGUGAUGGACUUUUUGGACAGGCGUCUUAAAGAAACACAGUUGUCCACCAAAGACAUCCUUAACUUCCUGCACAAUGGCCCAGAGCAGGACAGAUAUAUGAACAUGACAAACUUUGACUGGAGAAACGUCUUUAGUCUGGCUGAUCAGGCUAUUCGGAUGUUCAACCGGUACAGUGAGUGUAUAAGUCUGGAUAAGUUUGUGGGUCACAUGGAUGAGAAUCUGAUGACCCAUCAGGCUCUGCACCUGCUGGGGGAGAAUAAGUUCUGGGCAGGUCUGAUCUUCAUGGACAUGUACCCCUGGACCACAGAACUGCCCCGCCAUGUCAAGUUCAAGAUCCGAAUGGACAUUGAUGCAGUGGAACGCACCAACAAAAUCAAAGACAGGUACUGGGACCCUGGCCCAAGGGCAGACCCUGUGGAGGACCAUCGCUACAUUUGGGGAGGUUUUGCCUACCUGCAGGACAUGAUUGAACACGGAAUCCUGAAGUUACACACAGGUCAUGACUGGCCAUUAGGGGUUUACCUGCAGCAGAUGCCCUACCCCUGCUAUGUGGAUGACAUGUUCAUGCUGACUCUAAACCGCUGUUUCCCCAUCUUCAUGGUGCUGGCCUGGAUCUACUCAGUGUCCAUGAUUGUGAAGAGCAUUGUGCUGGAGAAGGAGAUGAGGCUGAAGGAGACGCUGAAGGCCAUGGGCGUCUCUAAUGGAGUCAUCUGGCACACAUGGUUCAUCGACAGCUUCCUCGUGAUGACCACCAGCACUGCUCUGCUGACUGCCAUUAUCAUGGUAGGCAAAGUGCUAAAUUACAGUGAUCCCAUCAUCCUGUUUCUGUUUCUACUCACGUUCACUGUGGCCACUAUUAUGCAGUGUUUCUUGAUGAGUGUGUUCUUCAAUAAGGCCAACUUGGCUGCGGCUUGCAGUGGCAUCAUCUACUUCACCCUCUACCUCCCUCACAUCCUCUGUUUCGCCUGGCAGGAUCGCAUUACCAAGGAAAUGAAGUUAGCUGUGAGCUUUCUGUCUCCAGUAGCCUUUGGUUUUGGGACAGAGUAUCUGUCCCGCUAUGAGGAACAAGGCCUGGGGCUGCAGUGGGACAAUAUUUGUACAAGUCCUCUAGAGGGUGAUGAGUACUCCUUCUUCACUUCCAUUCGCAUGAUGCUAUUGGAUGCAGUUGUCUAUGCUUUUUUAGCUUGGUAUCUCGAUAAUGUCUUUCCAGGCCAGUAUGGCAUCGGUCGGCCCUUUUAUUUCCCACUGCAGCCCUCUUACUGGCUGAAGCCGACACCUCAACCCUCACAGAUUCCAGAUCCAGGCCCUGAGAAGCGUGUGGUAAACAACGUGGAGAAGCAAAAACCAUACAUCAAUGGAAAGGUCACAUAUUGUAAAUACUCUAGUCUGGUUGCCUCAAAAAUUUAUAUUUUAUUUUAUUUAAUUUCACUCAGCCUGACAGUAGAGGAGCAUAUUCUCUUCUACUCUCUGCUGAAGGGACGUGAUCGCAAGGAGGCCAUGCAGGAGGUUGAGAACAUGCUGGAGGACCUGGGACUGCCUCAUAAACGAGAUGAGGAAGCACAGAACCUCUCUGGGGGUAUGCAGAGGAAGCUGUCUGUGGCGAUGGCUUUUGUGGGUGGUUCUAAGGUGGUGAUACUGGAUGAGCCGACAUCAGGAGUGGAUCCAUACUCCAGACGCUCCAUUUGGGACCUGCUACUCAAAUACCGCACAGGACGCACAGUAAUACUGUCGACUCAUCACAUGGACGAGGCAGACCUGUUGAGUGACAGAGUGGCCAUCAUUUCUAAAGGGAAACUACACUGCAGUGGCUCUCCUCUCUUUCUGAAGAACUGCUUUGGAGUGGGUUUCUACCUCACGCUGGUGCGUCGCAUGAAAGACCAGCGCAAAAAAGAGAAUGAGUGUGACUGUGCAUCUGAGUGCUCCUGCACCUGCUCCACUUGCACCAGAUAUAAAGAGGAAAGUCAUGCAUUACAACCUGAGAGAAUACUGGACGGGAACGUUGAGAGCAUCACUACUCUGAUUCAUCACCAUGUACCUGAGGCGAAGCUGAUUGAAAUGAUUGGUCAAGAGAUGACCUAUCUGCUGCCAAACAAAGGUUUUAAAUAUCGUGCAUACGCAAGCCUUUUCCGCGAACUGGAGGAAACGUUGGGUGACAUGGGCCUCAGUAGCUUUGGCAUAUCUGACACCUCACUAGAGGAGAUCUUUCUGAAAGUUACAGCAGAUGGAGAAGCAGCCAACAGCUCUGUCACACCAGAGCAAUGGAUGCUACAACAGAGGAAAGACAGGGAGGCUGCGAGUAAUGUUGAAGAUGCUAAUGGUGUAAACCCACUGGAGUCUGACAACAGUGCUGGCAGAGCCUCCAGGCAGGUUAAAGGCUUUAGUCUGGUGCUCAAGCAGUUCCAUGCUCUUGUGGUCAAGAGAUUUCACCAUGCCGCACGCAGCCACAAAGAUUUUCUUGCACAGAUUGUUUUGCCAGCCAGUUUUGUCCUUAUUGCUUUGGUCUUCACUAUGAUUGUCCCACCAUUUGGAGAGUAUCCCAGUCUGACCCUCACUCCGUGGAUGUAUGGACCGCAGUUUACCUUCAUCAGUAAUGAGCAGCCAUCACAUCCAAAGAUGAGGCACUUCAUACAGACAUUGCUGAAGGAGCCUGGCAUGGGAACACGCUGCAUGGCAAAUCAGCCUUUGGAGAGCCUCUUUACCUGCCUAAACACAACUUCUGAUUGGGAAGUUCCUCCAGUUUCUCCUGAGGUUGAAAACAUCUUAUUGAGUCCCGAGUGGGAUACAAGAAACCCCUCCCCUUCCUGUGAGUGCAGCACUGAUACAAAGCUCACCAUGCUGCCCGUCUGUCCGGAUGGAGCUGGAGGAUUGCCGCCACGCCAGAGAAAAGAGCCAACAGGGGACAUUUUGCUCGACAUGACAAACAAAAACAUCUCUGACUACUUAGUGAAGACUUACCCCAAACUCAUCAAGACUAGCUUGAAGAGCAAAUAUUGGGUGAAUGAACAAAGGUAUGGUGGUCUCUCUGUUGGUGGACAACUGCCGAUUCUUGACGUUGAUCCAGAGGAGAUUCGGGCUGUUUUUUCCCAGCUUGGACGGAUGAUGAAUAUUACAGGGGGCCCCUAUUCAAAGUCAGUAAUGAAUGAAUUAGAAACAUUCUUGCAUUACAUGGAGAGUGAGUACAAUGUAAAGGUGUGGUAUAAUAACAAAGGCUGGCAUGCCAUGGUCUCCUUCAUGAAUGUAGCAAACAAUGCCAUUCUCCGUGCUUACCUGCCGCCUCACGCCAAUCCAUCAGAGUACGGCAUUACUGCCAUCAAUCACCCGCUCAACCUCACCAAAGAGCAGCUCUCAGAGGUCACUGUUCUCACCACAUCAGUGGAUGCAGUGGUGGCCAUUUGCGUCAUCUUUGCCAUGUCCUUCAUCCCAGCCAGCUUCAUCCUCUACCUCAUUCAGGAACGUGUCACCAAGGCCAAGCAUCUGCAGUUUGUUAGUGGAGUCAGCCCUCUGGUCUACUGGGUCGCCAACUUUUUCUGGGACAUGAUGAACUACUCUGUCAGCACAGCAGUGGUUGUGGGAAUUUUCGUGGCUUUUGAUAAGAAAUGCUACACAUCACCGACCAAUCUGCCAGCGCUGGUCGCUUUGCUUUGUCUCUAUGGGUGGUCAGUGACGCCCAUGAUGUACCCCAUGUCCUACAUGUUCAAUGUCCCCAGCACGGCAUAUGUGUCCCUCUCCUGCAUCAACCUUUUCAUUGGUAUCAACAGUAGCGCCAUCACCUUCAUCUUAGAGCUCUUUGAAAACAACAGGUCUCUGCUAAUGUUUAAUGAGGUGUUGAAGAAGAUGUUACUGGUCUUCCCUCAUUUCUGUCUCGGUCGAGGUCUCAUUGAUAUGGCCAUGAACCAGGCCGUGACUGAUGUCUAUGCCCGAUUUGGGGAGGAGUUUUCCAUGGAUCCAUUCAGAUGGAACUUUGUGGGGAAGAAUCUCUUCUGUAUGGCUGUGGAGGGUUUUGUCUAUUUCAUCUUUAAUCUGCUCAUCCAGUACAAUUUUUUUCUUGAUCACUGGGUGUCAGACUAUGGGAAGAGUCCAGUUAAAGAUGAAGAUGAUGAUGUAGCUCAGGAGAGAGAGCGCAUUUAUAAAGGAGGAAACAAGAAUGACAUCCUUCUAAUCCGAGACUUGUCAAAAACAUACAGGCGCAGAAAACGACCAGCAGUGGACAAAAUCUGUGUAGGAGUUCCAGCAGGAGAGUGCUUUGGGCUUCUUGGUGUAAAUGGUGCAGGUAAAACCACAACCUUUAAAAUGCUGACCGGAGACACGGAUGUGACAUCAGGGGAGGCGUCAGUAGCUGGAUACAGUAUUCUCACCAAUAUCCUGGAUGUGCACCAGAAUAUGGGCUACUGCCCUCAGUUUGACGCCAUAGACGAGCUGCUGACGGGAAGGGAGCACCUGUACCUGUACGCUCGCCUCCGUGGGAUCCCUGAAUCUGAGAUUAGCAGAGUGGCCGAGUGGGGGAUUCAGAAGCUGGGUCUGUCUGAAUAUGCAGGAAACUGUGCUGGUACCUACAGCGGGGGCAACAAGAGGAAACUGUCUACUGCUAUUGCUAUGAUUGGCUGUCCUCCUCUAGUGCUCCUGGAUGAGCCCACCACAGGAAUGGACCCUCACUCCCGUCGCUUCCUGUGGACCGCCAUUCUGAGUAUCAUCCGUGAUGGGAGGGCAGUCGUUUUGACGUCUCACAGUAUGGAAGAGUGUGAAGCUCUUUGUACUCGCUUGGCCAUCAUGGUCAACGGGACAUUUAAGUGUCUGGGCACAAUCCAGCAUCUGAAAUACAAGUUUGGAGGUGGCUAUGUAGUCACGAUGAAGAUCAAAGCUGAAAAAGCAGGCAUGCCUCCUGACCUGAUCCCGGCCGAGUCCUUUAUGGAAAGCAGCUUCCCAGGAUGUCUACAACGAGAGAAACACUACAACACUUUACAAUAUGAAAUCGCCGCUGCCUCACUGGCGCGAGUCUUCCAGCUGGUGUUGACCAACAAGGAGAGACUGAACAUUGAGGACUACUCUGUGUCUCAGACCACAUUAGACCAGGUGUUUGUGAGUUUUGCCAAGCAGCAGUCAGGAGAAGAUGUUGCUCAGCUCAGAGCAUCAGUGCCGAGGCGAGACACAAAGGUCUCACCGCUACGAAGAGUUGCGAUGAAAAACAGUUAAGAUGAACUCUAAUGCUUCAAAAGGACUCAUGGCUGACGACACAUUACACCAUGUUGUUUAUGAAGUUCCUAAAGCCUUUUAUUUAUGUAUUUAUACACAAAACCUAUUUGAAGUUGUACAAAUGUCAUAGAUUUUUUUUUCAUAAUAUAUAACAUUUUUUAACAUCUGCCCUCAGUCUACAGCACUCUGAGCCAAAGGUCAAUCUCCACCCACUGAAAGAAAAAAACCUCCACAGAUUAAAGUAAUAGUCUACUCAAAAAUGAAAAUUCAGUUUUGUUUUUUUUGAGCAUCUUGCUUUGGAACAUACGAUAUUGUGAAUAAUGUUAGUAAACAAACAGUUUUGGUUCACACUGACUUCCAUUAUAUGAAUAAAAAUACAAUGGAAGUCAAAUGGAACCAAAACUGUUUGGUUACUAACAUUUUUCACAAUAUAUUAUUUUGGGCAGAAAUAGGCUUGAAAAGGCAUGAGUGUGAGUAAAUGAUUUUUGUGUGAACUAUCCUUUUAAAGUAGUUGUAUAAAAUGCUUAUAAAUAUAGAAUUUCCACACACAAAAUUACUUUUUGGUUUCCAUGCUAUUUAAAUUGUAU